ACCAACCAACCAACCAACCAACCAACCACCCACCCACGGAUUGCACCACAGCAAGCGGUUGCUCGACACACACACAAGGGCAAGUGUGCGUGUAUUCGACUCCUUUGAUGCGUGAGGGCUUGUUGUCAAACAACGCCUACAGUAACAGCUGUGUCUUGCUCACUUUGCUUGCCGUGGCGAUAACGCGCUGCGUGAGCGAUGGCAGAGCUGGUGGAGAGCUGGGGCGUAGAGGACGUGUGCGCUUGGCUUCGCUCGCUGAAGCUGGACGACCUCUGCCCCAUCUUCGAGGAACACGAUGUGGACGGCCACUUCCUCGCCUUUAUGGACGAUGACACGCUUGUGGAGAUGGGCGUCGACUCGAAGCUGAAGCGCGUCAAGAUCCUGUCGAAGAAGCGCGGGCUCAUCGGCGAGGCUCAGCCCCAAGCCGGUGCGGACCGACCAGGGUCCACAUCUUCCACACAGCACCACGAACGACCCCAAGGCAAUGAUGAGAACGGCAGUUUCGGUGGCAUGGAGGGCGAGCGGCCACGAACUGGGAGUGUGGGAUCCGGUGGGCCGCAGCAGCCGACAUCGCCUGGACGGCGCUCGUCAUCGAGGCGGGGCAUGGUCAGAAGCAUGGCAUCCAUGCGGAAGCAGCGCGAGUACCGCAAGGGGUUCGGCAGCCUGCAUGAGGGCGACAUCGCCGUGCUGCCCGGCACGCAGCAAGCACCCGUGCAGCAACUGGUUGCAACCGAUGCAGACAGCGACUACAUGGUGGUGAAGGGCACGAUGACGCUGGCGGACCGCCGCCCUGCGGACUGGUCGAGCGGUCCACGCACCCACGCCAAUACUGACGACUACGAUGAUGAUGAUGAUCAUGAUGCUGGUGACGAAGGUGGUGUUUACGGCGGCGAGGGGGAGGAGGAAGACAUGUAUGGGGAGGUUGGCCUGGAUGUGACCGCGGACUCCAUGGCCGUCGCCACCAGCACACGUGUCGAUGCAUACAUGUCCACACGCAAGCAGCUCCUGUCCAUGUUUCCCGGCGCAUCUCCACAGGACGUGGAGGAUGCCCUUCGUCACAGCAAGGCCCAGUGGGAGGAUGCUGUUGACCACCUGCUGGCGCUGGGCUGCACGCGACACAGCACCGCAUCCAAUGAUGUCAACGACGUUGUCGAGUCAGCAACCAGGGCCGUCGAAGACGAGAACCCACAUCGCAUCGCAUCCGACUCCGACGCCGACUGGCUGCAUGGUCAGCUCACCCGCGACCAGGCAGACAAUCUCCUCGACCUUUACGGUGGCAAGAACGGGCUGUUUCUCGUUCGUGAGAGCAGCAGCAUCGAAGGCGCUUACGUGCUCUCACUCGCGUAUGACGGCAAGAAGCUGCACCACAUCAUCUACGCGGACCCGCCGGAUCUGUAUCAGAUCUUUGACUUUUCCUGUCGCUCCCUCACCGACCUCGUUGGCCUUCUCAGCGAUUACCAGCGCCAGGACGGCUGGUACACGCCGCUGACGCAGCACGUCCCCCGCAGCGCGUCGUCCCCGGGCGUCACGCAGACGGGCGACUACGCAACCAUCGAGGACACCAUUGGCCAGAUGCGUGCCCUCAAUGUUAGCGCACCGCAACACCACAUGUCAUCGUCAUCAUCAAGCUCAUGGCAGCGGCAGCAAUACCGCGAGCAGCAGCAGCAGCAGCGUCAGUCUGCGUUGUCCGCACUGAACUCACCACAGUCGGCACUCACCCGCACGCAAUCUGUGCACGUUCCUCCGCACCGGCCCGUCAAGAACAGCUUUGACAAUCCAUUCUUCAAUGCGGACAAUCCCGAUGCGCCGCCGCCGUUGCCUGCACGCACGCCAGCCGCCCUCGCCCUCCGCCCACAGGACUUUGACCUCGACCUCUCAAAGCCUUCAAAGCCCUAUGGCGGCGACAAGACGUUCAAAGUGACCGUCACCAACGACGACAACCCGCUUAAGCUGGUUGAGCACGGAUUUCCGCGCGAUAUUGUGCUGUGCACGCUUCUCUCCGGCAUCCAGCUGGCGGCGAGCGAGCAUGGCAUUGAGCACGCCCGCAUUGCAUAUGCAGAUGUGCAGAGUGUCGACUAUGCAGAUCGCACGCUGCGGCUUGUGGUGUCGCAUGGCCGCUUUCACGGCACCUUCUUCUUCGCAACCAAGAAAGCCAAGACGAUUUACCGUACAAUUCUGGAGAACAAGGACCACUACAUUCUCGAGGAGGACAAACGCCUUGCAAAGCUGCUGCAAAGCGAAGAGUUCAUGCAACACCUGAGCCACGACCCGGAAUAUUACAAGCUGGCGCACGCGACGCCGACGAAGAAGAAGCGUGUGCUCUCGCGUCUUGCUUCCUCCUUCAAGUCCAAGAUGGCUCGCUCCAUCAAGCGGCGAAGUCAUCUUGGCGGGAGCCAGCGUUCAAGCGAACCAAACCUGUACCGCAGCAACAGCCACGGCAACGCCACAUCAUAUACCCCGCCACACCCUGCAACCGUCGGUGCCACCACCAGCAGCAGCAGCAGCAGCAGCACUCCCAGCACCGCUGCUGCUGCCGCUCAGCGCGCGCGCAGUGUUCGCUCGCCCUUGUCACGGAUGGCGACGGUGAGCGAGCCGAACCCAACGGCUGCAUCCUUUGACGCCAACGCCGGCCACCACCACCAGCACCAGCACCAGCAGCGCCCGGUGUCGGAUGCGGCAAUGGCGAAUUCGCCGCUGCCACCGCUGCCACCAGAGGCACGUGCUGAUGGCGGUGACGAUGACGACGACGUCACUCCUGUCUACACAACGGUCCACGCGAGUGACAGUGAUGCCACGUACGACGAUAGCCCGCGCCAGCGCCGUCGCAACGACCCGCCUCCGUUUGAGGAUCCAAACUUUGAGCACCUCUCUCCCAUUGGCGGCGCGCUCGGCUCGUCCACGUCCGCAGACGACAUUGACCUUGGCAUGGGCAGCAUGGCUGGGGAGGGCGUGGUGAACCCGCUACUGGUUCGUGGUGCUGACGCAGGUGCGCGACAGUCGCUGGGGCCGUACGACCACGCUGUUGACCCGAGCGUUGCGCUGCAAGACGACAUGUGGCAGCAGAGGCACGUGGACAGCAUUCUGCCCGAUGAUCAAGAGGACGCCGGACCGCAGGCGUUCAGCGAUGUGGACGACGAUUAUGGCGACGGUGACAACUACGGCGCAGAAGACGGGGCGACCUCCCUUGAGGCGCUCCACACAGGGGACGAUGACAUGGGGUUCAGCGACACGAGCUUUGAUACAUCGCGAACAUGAGACUGUGUGUGUGUGUGUGUGUGUUCGUGUGUUUACGUGUGUUUGUGUUUGCGUGUGUUUGUGUCAUUGUGUGUCAUUGUGUUUGUGUGUGUCUGUGUUCUUGUGUGUCAGUCAGUCUGUCUGUCUAUGCGUCGUGGUGUCUGUGUGUCUGCUGUUUUGCAGCUUUUUUUUUUCCUUGAUGUGAAUGAACACUGGAUGCUCCCGCCAUAAACACUAUCACCCGC